ACAUGCGUGCUUGUGUGUACGGUAGUGUUCGCCCGGUCAGUUCUCCUUGAACACUGGCUGGUUCCUUCGUGUCUGUGUUGAUGGGUUUUCAACGCCCUAGCAAGAAUGUUGCAGAUGUAGAAUCGUUUAAAAUAUUGCUCUGUAUUAGUCGCUGCGAACAGGCUUGUUUCUGGACCUCCGCAGAACCCUCUUGUGUUUAUGGACAUUGCAGCUGACGGAGAGUUUAUUGGAAGAAUUAUUAUUGAGCUCUUUGCUGCAGUGGUUCCUAAAACAGCAGAGAACUUUCGUGCGCUUUGUACAGGAGAACAUGGUUUUGGAUAUAAGGGUUCUGUGUUUCACAGAAUCAUCCCGGAGUUCAUGUGUCAGGGUGGAGAUUUCACUAAUCAUAAUGGCACGGGCGGAAAAUCUAUUUAUGGAAAGAAAUUUAAGGAUGAGAAUUUUAAGAUGAAACUCACCGUACCAGGUGUGCUGUCAAUGGCAAACGCUGGGCCGAACACAAAUGGAUCGCAGUUUUUCAUCUGCACUGCAAAGACAGAAUGGCUCGAUGGCAAGCACGUUGUGUUUGGUCAGGUCACAGAGGGCAUGGAGACCGUCUCUCUCAUGGAGUCCUAUGGUUUACAUGAUGGAGGAACUGUAAAGAAGAUUGUCAUCACAGACUGUGGAGAACUCAAAUGAUUGUGAAGUUCUAAACAAACAUGUUCAUUUUGCAUGUGUAAUAAAUUAUUGGUUUUUAUUAUUAACUAAUUAUUGGUUUUAUUAUUACCGUUACUAACCUGUUUCUGUAGAAUUUAUGCAUCGUCUGUGGAUUCUUCAAGAUGUUUUAUGCUUACUAAGUAAGCGAAUUACUCAAGUAUACUUACCGCAGUAAGAAAGUAUUUUUUAAUACCGUAUGAGAAAUAGAUAGUAUACAUUUCCUCAUGGCCUAUGACUGAUUUCCAAAACAUUUUUGGGGUUUGUAAAUUAGGAUAAAAGCUGUAUGGAGAUUGUUUACCUUCUGAGAACUAUGCCAGAAAAACCCAGGAGGUAUUUGGAAUAAAUAAAU